AAGUCUAAACCCAAAAAAAACGAGCUGAAAAUUAUUCCGUAUUUUGUAAAGGAACAAAGUAAUGAAAGAUAUGAAUUCGACGGUUAAAAGUAAUAUUUCUGAAAUCACGAAAUUGGCACGAAAAUUUAAUUGUUUUUAUUUAUCCGGUCUCCAUCAAGGAACAUGUAAACCGUUUCUCGUAGCCGGUCAUCAAGUGGGCCUUAUUCGUCCCGAUGUAUUGAAACAUUUGAAGAGAUUUCCGGAGGUAUUUAGGGUCACUGGAAAGUACGUAGAAUUAAAUCCAGCAUUCAGAGAUUACAGAGAAAGGACUACAAGAAUUGCAGAAAUAUUACAAUUUUUAAGGAAAGAAAAUGAAAUAUGUGCUCUAAAAGGAUGGAGAGAUGAGUGUUUUGAAGUGAGCACACCCUUUUGCCAUGAAAGCCUAAUGGAGAUGGAUAGAAGUGCUAUAUGUUUAUUUGGUAUAAGAAACUAUGGUGUAAGCAUAAAUGGAUAUCUCUUCCAUCCCACUAAAGGCCUCUGUAUUUGGCUGCAACAGAGGAGCUUCACAAAACAGACAUGGCCUGGUAAAUGGGAUUGUUUUGUCAGUGGCGGUUUAGCUGUAGGUUAUGGUAUACUUGAGACUGCUAUUAAAGAAGUAGCUGAAGAAGCAUCUGUUGUGGGUGAUUUGGCAAAAAAACUAGUUCCAGCUGGAUGUGUCAGCUUUUAUUUUGAAAGUGAAAGAGGACUGUUUCCUAACACUGAAUAUGUGUAUGACCUUGAGCUUCCAAUGGAGUUUAAGCCGGAAAAUGCUGAUGGUGAAGUGGAGACAUUUGAAUUACUCACAGCAGCGGAAUGUGUACAACGGGCACUAUCUCCCCAGUUUAAGACAACUAGUGCGCCUGUUUUAUUAGAUUUUCUGAUUAGGAGAGGUUACAUCAAUCCAGAAAAUGAGCCAAAUUACCGACACAUUGUCGAGUUACUUCAUGUCCCAUUGCAGACCAUUUAUAAUUGGUCUCAUUCCAAACUCACCCUCAAUGGCGAAGGAGAACAAUUACAGUGUUAACUUCCAUCGUGUACUUAUAAUUAAAUUUGUGAUUAUUUUCAUUUAAUGAACUAUUUAAAAAUUAGUUAUUUCGUGUAUUAUAUAUUUAUAAUUAAAAUGAUAUUAAAAGCAUCAGUAUAAAAUUGGUGUAAUUAUAUUUAAUGGUCUAUAAAGAUUAAUGUUUGGUAUGUACCUAUCAAUUGUUGUUUAAACCGUGUACGUUUUAUUCUUCCAGAAAUUACUGUCUUCUUGUAAUAACUUCCGUUUUUUGCCCCAAAUGUAAGACCAAAUACUUCGUAUUAAAUUAAUGUUUUAGAGUUCAAGAUAGUUUAGCUAGGGUCGUUUAAUUAUUUCUGUGAUACUUUACCAAUUCGGUAUAAGAUUAUGAUUGUAUUACUUAUAAAAGACAAAAUAACACACUUGUAAUGGUGAUAAUUUUUACUUUAGUCAAACAUAUGGAUGUUAUGUUUGUUACUGGGUUAAUUAAUGUAUGGUAUUCUAAUUAAUUGAAUUAAACUCAUCACAACUAUGUUUUGUUAAAUUAUAUUUUUUUUUUGGUUUUUGAGUUGUUAUCAUUUAAACA